AUGACCGCCGCAACGCCAGUCUGGAAAGGUCACUUGGUUGACUCCAAUUGUCGAUGGCAGAGGUAUGGGGACUUGGUGGAUGAUCGCUCGCUAGACGAGAAAGGAUCCAUUCCUCCACGAUGGACUUGGGAACAAAGUUAUAUCUCUACGGAGCAGCCAUCGGGUUUAAAAAGCCACCAAUUAUUACAUUCAAUCGAUGAUGAUGUCCGUGAAUAUCUGAUUGAAGGAGGGAUGGAUGGCUUUUUAGCAGAUCAUUUCGCAUCCAUCCUCACACGAGAUCCUCUCUUGCUCACCGAAGCGGACCUGAAAGAUAGCGAUCCCCCUGAAACGCGACUUUUCGAAACCCUUUAUGGCUGCGUUUGGCACCCGGUCAGAUUCAAGCCACCAACUGGUGAUCGCGGUCCGGGUUGGCGAGUCGAAUUUCGACCAAUGGAAGCGCAGCUAACAGAUUUCGAAAAUGCUGCUUUCGCGAUUUUUGCAUAUUUUGUUUCUCGGGCAAUCACCGUUCUUCGCUUGAAAUUUUACAUCCCGGUUGAAAAGCUGUCGGAUGCAUGGGCUACAGGUCAAGACCGUGGGGCAGUCAUUGGUGGACGCUUCUGGUUUCGAAAAACCGGAUGGCUUUCUGACUCGGACAAAAUCAAUCCGGACAUUAUUCGCAUGCUCUCGCAGCACGGCUAUCAUUACACCAGCAAAGAGAGCUAUGCUCAAAUGACUGUCGAUGAGGUAGUUAAUGGAGAAGGUACUAUCAAUGGUUUUCCGGGCUUGCUAUUGAUGCUGCGUUGCUACUUUGAGUAUGUCGGAGUCCCCAUGGAAGAGCAGGAACAAAUCGCUCGGUAUCUGAACCUCAUUCGAGAUCGAGCGAGAGGCAGAAAUCCAACCCCUGCGACCUGGAUAAGAGAAUUCAUCGGUAAUCACAAGGACUACGCUGAGGAUAGCUAUAUCAGUGAGAAGGUAUGCUAUGAUAUGAUGAGGACUAUAAUUCAGCUGAACGAAAAAAAGUCAGAAUAG